AUGGCGACCGGGCGGGUGACGAUUGGGAACGGGUCUCAUCGUUACGGCGCGUGUUUCAUCAUGGGCUCGGUCCGGCCGAAUUUCCAAGCCGCGACGAAAGGCGAGUCGAUGGGAGUGCGACGAUGUCGACCGCGGAGUGGACGAAAACGAAUCAUUUUUCCAUCGGAUCGGGGCGACCUCGACCUGGUUUCCACAUCCCGCACGUGGACGGGAGAGGCGCUGGCUCCCGUGAGACUGCGUGGAUGCUGGCGCGGCGUCAGUCGACGCGGAGCUGCCGAGGAGGGAGGCUGGCGUCUCGGAAGUGUCUUAUCUCGGGGGAAGGAUGGCUUCCGUUGCUUUCCCCUUCGUCGGCGGGGAUCGUGGGAUCGGGAGGCGGCGAUGAAGAGUGGAUUCCUCGUCGUCGGUUUUCUGCUGGUCUCAGUCGCGGAGGGAUGCACCAAAAACUCGAAGGACAUCGGCGUCUGCCUCCACAUCUACCUUGAACGGGACUUCCCGGCCAUCCAGAAGAUCGUCUCCCGCCCGCGCUCGGACGACACCCCGCUCCUCCUCGACGGACCCGAGCUGGAGAACAACUGCAAUCAGGUGAAGGAGGUGCUGGACUGCUUCGAGCAUAUCCUCACGCAUUGGUGCUAUUACUUCGCGGACUUCUUCCGAUAUCGGAAGCUGGUGGAGAGUCUCAUCGAGGCCUACGACUUCGUCUGCGACCAUGACGUCAUCCGAUCUCGAUUUCUUGUGCUGUUGAAGAACCUGUAUUGUCUGGAGGAAGUGCGGCGCAACAACCGCUGGGGCUGCCACCACAGCAGCCUGACGGAGAACAUCUGGCAGCAGAUCCUCCGGCUGGAGGUGGACACGUCCAUCUGCCCGACCCUGUGGUGGCAGCGGGGGUGCCUCCUGUAUCACGGGGCGGUGGAGGCGGACUGCGGGGCGGAGGCGGGGGUCGUGUACGGGAAUCUCUCGGAACUGUUCUUGUCUCGGUGGUGCAGUGGGGCGGCCGAGGGCGGGCCCGGUCUAGUCUCGAUCCUGGUUCUUCUCGCCGUGACGCUUUCGUGA